AUGUCUGACGAAGAUAGUAUAAUUGAUUUUAAUAUCAUUCCACCUUCUAAUUUAUUAUUAGAUCCAAAUCCAAACACAACAAAUUCGAUUACAAAUGAAUUAUUCAAAGUUACAAACAAUUUAAGAAAACAGCAAAAAAAACCACAACAAUUCAAGCACAAGAGUAGGAGAUUAAAUAAUGAUAAAGUUUGGAAAAUAGUUAAAGAAUUAAAACAAAAAGAUUUAGAGGAUUCAAAUUAUGAAUUGGAUGAUGUUUUGAGAACAAGAGUUUUCAAAGGUAGAUUUAAAAAUAAUCAAUCCUCAGAACUAACUAGAAGAGAUUUAGAUAAUUAUUUUAAUAAUAAUAAAGAGAAUGAUAAUAUAAUAGAUAAAAAUAAGGAUCUCGGCAGUAAUAAAAGGAGGAAGAAGAAUCCAACAUCAAAUUCAAAAUCAAAUUUAUCAUCACAAGUUUUAAAACCUUUAAAUAAUAAUACUCCAAUACCAUCUCCAAAAAAGAAAUUUGAAUCAAAAUCUCAAUUACAGUCAUUAUUACAAUCUCCAAAUAGAAUUCAUCAACCAAAUUCAAAUUCAAAACCUUUAAAAUCAUCAUUUUUAAAACGAGAGUCAAAUUUUUAUUUAAUUGAGAGUUCAACUGGUCUAAUUAAUGAUGCUACUAAAUAUGGUACUGAAUUAAAUGGUUCAAACGGUGAAGAAUUUCCAUUUCCAGAACAUGAAAAUGAAGUAGUUCAAAUCCCAACAAAUGAUGAGGCAUCAAAAUUGGCAAUAAUUAGAAUGUUUAAAACUAAACAACAAUCAAAAGAAGAAGAAGAAGAAGAAACAAGUACUCCAUUACCAUCACAAGAAAAGAGGAAGAAAAGUGUAAAAUGGUCAAAUCAAUUAGAGCAGUAA